AUGUCAGGAAAAGAUUUAAAGGAUGGAGCUCAAGUACGUCCAGUCUUAUCAUUCACUGAAGAAGUUUACAAUGAUAAAGAUCUUCAUGUUUUAACUACAAUUUUAUCACCUUCUGGAAAGGAAGUCAAAAUUACAAACGAUGUUGAUCAAGCUAUGAAGUUUGCAUUAGCUCAUAAAGAUGAUGUUACAGAGAUUGAUGAUAAAACUAAUUCAAGAUUAUUUAAAAAGAUAAAUCUAUACAUGUUGCCAAUCAUGAUGUUACUGUAUAGUUUUCAGUUCAUGGAUAAAGUAUCAACCAGUUAUAGUGCUAUAUUGGGAUUAAGAACAGAGUUAAAUAUGGAAGGAGACAUGUAUGCUUGGACUACUACUUGUUUUUAUCUUGGAUAUUUGGUUUUUGAAUUUCCUACAAGUUAUUUAUUACAAAGAUUUCCAGUUGCUAAGACGGUUAGUAUUUUCAUUAUAAUAUGGGGAAUGAUACUAGCUUUAUGUUCUGUUCCUCAGUAUCCUGGUUUUAUUGCACUUAGAACGAUUUUAGGUAUUUUGGAAAGUUCAAUCACACCAGCAUUUACAAUCAUCACAUCACAAUGGUACAAGGUCGAGGAACAGUUCAUGAUUUCAAGUUUGUGGUUUGCCUCCAAUGGAGGAGGGUCUAUUUUAGGCUCUGCUAUUGCUUAUGGUUUGUUAAAAAAUGAUGGUUCAUAUUCAUUGCCUGCUUGGAAAUUGGUUUUUGUUGUAACAGGAUGUUUAACAAUUUUUUUGGGAUUUCUAAUUUUAGCACACGUUCCAGAUCAACCUACUAAAGCAUGGUUUUUAACUGAACAAGAGAAAGUGUUGGUAGUCGAAAGGAUUAGAUCAAAUCAACAAGGUUUUGGAAAUCCACAUUUUAAAAAAAAACAGUUCAUUGAAGCAAUAUUAGAUCAUAGAACUUGGUUAUUCUUCUUAUUUGCUUUGUCUUCCAACAUUCCUAAUGGUGCGAUGACUAGUUUUGGUUCAAUUUUGUUAAAUGAAGAUUUCGGUUAUCUGACUUCAGAUGCAUUACUUAUGGGUAUGCCACAAGGAGCAGUUGAAAUAAUCGGAUGUCCAUUAUUUGCUUAUAUUUCAACAUUUUUCAAAUCAAGGUUACCUAUGUCAAUAUUUAUAACCGCUGUAACUGUCAUGGCUGAAUGUUUAUUAGCAUUUGCUCCACAAAAAGAAGCAAGAUUAGCUGGAUUAUAUCUUUAUUUUUUAGGUCCAAUAGGAUUUAUAUGUAUUAUAUCAAUCAUUGCUUCAAAUGUUGCUGGUCAUACAAAAAAAGUUACUGUAAGUUCCUUCAUGCUAAUUGGUUAUUGUGUUGGUAAUUUAAUUGGACCGCAAACUUUCAUACAGGCUCAAGCUCCAAGUUAUAGUGGUGGUAAAGUUGCGAUUGUAGUUUGUGGAGCUUUUUCAUUACUUGUUUUAAUAUUGAUUUAUGUUUCAUAUUUUUUGGAAAAUAAAAAAAGAGAUGCAAAAGGUUUUACUGACAUGUCACAUAUCGAAAAUUAUGAAUUUGCUGAUUUAACAGAUAAAGAGAAUCCAAACUUUAGGUAUGCUUUAUAA